GUCCUGAAGGGUCACGAUGAUCAUGUGAUCACAUGUCUGCAGUUCUGUGGUGACCUCAUCGUCAGUGGAUCUGAUGACAACAGUCUGAAAGUCUGGUCUGCCCUGACCAGCAAGUGUCUGCGUACAUUAGUAGGCCAUACAGGAGGUGUGUGGUCCAGUCAGAUGAGUGGUAACAUCGUGAUCAGUGGGUCGACAGACAGGACUCUGAAGGUUUGGGACGCAGAGAGCGGAGAGUGUGUUCACACCCUGUACGGACAUACCUCUACUGUACGCUGCAUACACCUGCACGACAAACAGUGAGUUAACACACCUACACACACACACACACACACACACACACACACACACACACACACACACACACACACACACACCCUGUAUGGACAUACCUCUACUGUACGCUGUAUACACCUGUAUGACAAACAG